CUGACGCCGGGGCCCCGUGACGCGACGCGGCCACGCAUCGAUUUCGCGCACGUCGUCGUGGAAAUCAGUCGGAUAAUGCCACACGUCGCUAUUUAGUGAACAAAGUGUUACCUGUAACAGAGUGCACGUCUUGCGUAUCCUGCUCGGUCCCGAUGAUGGUGAGACGAAGCGGACGUUACACCGUGAACUGGCGAGGAUUCAGAGACUUCGCUUUCGGUAGUAAGCCUCCUGACGAAGAGAUAGAAGAACCAAAACCGGCUGAAGACUUGGCAAAUCAUGAAGUCAUAUUCCUCAAGAGCAUUGUGGAAAGUCCGGAUUUCGCAAGGAAGUAUGGUUGUGCUGAUUCAGAAGAGGACCUGCUCGUAAAACCCGUAUCGCUGGGCAAUGUAAACAUAAUCAGGUCGCUAAGUGAGUACCGUGGAAACAAUAUACGGACUAUUGAGCAAGCCGAACUAGCUAUCAUUGUAUCCAGGGCACAUUUUAAGGCACUAAUAGAAGCUCAUGACCAAAUAGGUAAAAUUUGGUUGGAAAGAGGAUCUGGUAUAGAUGACAAGUUGAUACCAAACGAAUUUCCUGACCUGAUAGAAUUUUCAAAAGAGAGUCCCGAGGGUAACGGAGAUAUGCCUAUAGAAACAGUAAAAGUUGUAGGUCUUAGAAAAGUACCAGGACAACCUUUAGGUUUGACUGUGACAACCGAUGAGCAUGGACAGCUUAUUGUUGCAAGGAUACUUGCAGGAAGUGCAGCAGCAAAACAAGCCUUAGUAUCUGUUGGUGAUGUUCUACUGGAAGUAGACGGGGUUCACAUUGAAUCAGAGGAGCAACUGAAGGAAGCUGUAGCAAAACCAAAUGAUAGGGUCACUCUUAAAGUUGGACCUAACCUUAAGGAAAAGAGCUCUCAGCUAACAAAUAAGUUAACUUGCUAUGUAAGAACACUGUUCGACUAUAACCCAAUUCAAGACACUUUAAUACCGUGCAAAGAAAUAGGAUUAACAUUCAAGAAGGGUGACAUAUUACAAAUUUCUGAUAGAAAGGACCCAAACUGGUGGCAAGCAAGUCACGUCGAGAGGCCCGAAAUAGUAGGUUUGAUACCGUCUCCGGAAUUAGAAGAACGAAGAAAAGCAUACGUCCCACCCGAGGCUGACUUUGUACAUAAAAUCAGCAUUUGUGGAGCACGGAUAUCGAGAAAGAAAAAGAAAUUUGUUUACGAGUCGCGGUCGUCGGUGCAAUUGGAAGGGGCCGAGCUGGCGCUGUACGAGGAAGUGGCCCGCACGCCCCCCUUCCUGCGGCGCGUGUUAGCGCUCGUCGGCACGCGCGGCGUCGGCAGGAGGACGCUCAAGAAUAGGCUCAUACAGGACUACCCCGACCGGUUCGGGGCGGUCGUGCCGCAUACGUCCCGUCCCCCGAGGCCGAUGGAGGAGAACGGUCAGUCGUACUGGUUCGUGUCGCGCGAGGAGAUGGAGCGCGACGCCCACGCCGGCCGCUUCCUCGAGUACGGGGAACACAACGGGAACCUGUACGGCACCCAUCUGGACUCCAUACGAGCCGUCAUCAAGGAAGGGAAGAUGUGCAUACUAGACUGUGCUCCGCAAUCUUUGAAACUGUUACACAACAGCAGCGAAUUCCUCCCGUACGUCGUGAUGAUAACGGCGCCUGGUAUUGAGCAGCUGAAAAAUCUCACUCACGCCUCCAACCGAAACUUGACCUUCGACAGGCAGAGCUCCAUCCGCUACAGUUCGAGACGCGCCCGCACGUUAGAGUCGCUUGCAUCCCUUUACGAAGAAGAAGAUUUGAAACAAACUCUGGAAGAGAGCGCUCGAAUUCAACGACAAUACGAGAAGUACAUAGACUUUGUGAUCACUAACAACAACUCCGAUACAACCUUCUCGAAGAUCUUAGACGCAUUGCACGCUCUCUCUACCGACCACCAGUGGGUGCCGGUCAGCUGGAUAUAUUAAACAAAAAAAAAACAUAAAAAAAACUGCGACUGAGCAAAAAAAAAA